AUGCCGUUUUCUGAAGAAGAAACAACUGAAAAGUUAUUUGCCUACAAAUAUAUAGAUCUUGAGGGAGAAGAAUAGUAAGUUUUUACGGAGGUCUUUCGUUUUUCGAAGCUUGAUUGUAGCGGUCCCUACGAUGGCACAAUUAUGGCGAAAUGGGACGAAGGAUUUUAUUUCGAUAACGAUGUUAUUGUUUUCCGUAUCUCAAUAGAUGGAAAAGCAGAAGAGUUCAAGCUCGGUGUGAGAAAAAAUAAGACUGAUAGAAGUUUGAUAUUUUAGGAGAUCUGAGAAAGAUACAUUCUAAACCAUUCUUGGUCCCUGAAUCGAGUAAACAACAACCUUUGGAAGAAAUUUCUGAAAAAGAGAAGACAGGCGAGCAAAUCGGUAAUUCGAAAAAGGCGGAAGUAAUCGUGAAGAUGGAUGAACAAGAAAGCCAGAAAAACGGUGAGCAAGUUUGUUUACAUAUCAACAAAAAAAUUAUUUUACAGAGAUUCAUGAUGCCGUCCAGGUAGCCGUCGCCGAGGUUGUCGAACAAACUGGUGCUCAAAUCACAGAAUCUGCAAAUCAGAAGAUUCAUUUAGCUUCCGCUGAACAUGGUUUAUUCCCUGCAUUAUUCGUUUAAUAAUUGAAAAAGUUUUCUAGAAAAAUUGGAAGCUGAAGAGAACACUGUAAAAGAGACGAGUUAUCUUGUCGCCGAGCAAGAAAAGUCUGAAAAGUCGCUGGUUCAUGAUCAACCCAAAGAACUUCACCAAGCUAUCGAAAAGGAAGUCGAGCCGGGUCUUCAAACUGCCGACGUCAACAAAACCAUCGCUGCGGAACAGUUCAAGGUCAAGCAGAAUCAGCAGAAUGGGAAGCCGGAAGGUAGACUGCAGAUUGCCGGACACACAGCUCCCCAAUAUAGGAUCAUGCAAAGUCUGCAGUCUCCUACUAUGCCAUUCAUGCUCUCCUACCCUUUGAAUACGCCUAUUUCAAUCCCUACCGUACUUCUUCAAAUGCCGCCGACUACUGCUCCAAUCGCGAAAAUACCGAGUCGGGUUGUUUCCAAACCCGUUCCCGUCGUGCCUUCCAUUAACGCAGAUGUUCUCGCCGCGCAGGCGAAACCGUUCAAUCCGGAGCUCUACUCUUCCCCUCCGCUCAUGCGCCUUUCGGAUCCCGGUUCCGUUCUCAUGAAGCCAGGUUUUCUAGUUUUCCUGUUUCCUUCAACAGUGUUGAUAUUUGCAGAUGUGGCUCAUCGCAAACUGUUCAUUCUCUAUCAAAUGAUCAUCACCAUCCCGGAAAAGGCCCAUUGUUUCUCGCCCUACAGUAAAGAGAUUAUCUGCUGUCAGUUUUGUAAGGUAAACCUGGCCGGAUUCAGCAUGUUUACUCAUUUGGUGAAUUGCCAACAUAUGGGAAGGCUCUCCAGUUGCGUUUUCUCGACGAAUGAUGUGGAUUUCUGGAUUGAUCGCGUCCAAGAUGUAAUAAGACAUGCACCUACAACUGCUCUGACUCUUCCCGGCUUCACCCCUGAUGUACUUCUGAACACAACUGAUUCUGUCGCCGACUUUAUCAAUCGUACUAAAGGUUUCACGAGGAAACUGAGUGAGUAGCAGAAUAUUUCCAAACUGCAAUCUAUCAUUUCAGCUGUCGGAAGAGUGGUGAAACAAUCGCAGUUCUUGGAUGUUACGGCGGACGUGAUGCUUGCCACUCAAUACGUCUCAACUAAGGCACUCCGGCCAAGUCGUACAAUUUCCUUAUUUUAUGAAACAAUCAAUUCUUGGUUUUCAGAAAGCAAGCUCACAGGCGUUUUCCUCUCUGAGGUCGUCGAAAAUCUCAUUGGAGAAGUCGACAAGAAACCUUUCCUACGCCAUUACGGCAAAUUGCACGAAAAAUAUGUAAGGGAAAAUAAUUGGAUCUAACAGAAAACAGAAAACUACGUACGUUAGUUUUCAGAAUGAUUGCAAAUUCUGCAACAUUAAAAUGAGCACAUUUUAUGACUUCUGUGCUCACAUCGGUAGCCAGUUGCACCGCGAAAACACGAGCAUGAUGCUCUACCACGAAGGAGUCGUUGGGUCGUGGGUCCGUCUGUUGGCGACCCCCAAAAAGCAAAACGCCGAGCCGCAAUCCACUGAGCCACCCGCCAAGAAACCGUGUGAACAAAUCGAAGUGAUCACCAUCGAUUGA